AAAUCGGAAAAGAGAAAAAAAAAGACGGAGGAGAAGAAAGGGCAAAAUUCCCUUGCGCACUUUGCUCGCUUGUCGAUUUCUUCAUCCUCAACCACACACCCUCGCAAGGAAGGAACAACAGCCGUCGCAACAAUGGCACCCGCAAACCUCCCCUCGGUCUUCAACGCGACCAGCCAGGACAUCGAGAUGCUCCUGGCUGCGCAGUCGCAUAUCGGCUCCAAGAACCUGCAGGUUCACAUGAACCCCUACCUGUGGAAGACCCGUGCCGAUGGUGUCAACAUCAUCAACGCCGGCAAGACCUGGGAGAAGAUUGUCCUCGCGGCCCGCAUCAUCACCGCCAUCGACAACCCCUCGGACGUCUGCGUUAUCUCGGCCCGUCCCUACGGCCAGCGUGCCGUCCUCAAGUUCGCCGCCCACACCGGCGCCCAGGCCAUCGCCGGUCGCUUCACGCCCGGUAGCUUCACCAACUACAUCACCCGCUCCUUCAAGGAGCCGCGCCUGAUCGUCGUCACCGACCCGCGCACCGACGCCCAGGCCAUCAAGGAGGCGAGCUACGUCAACAUUCCGGUUAUUGCCCUGUGUGACACCGACUCGCCCACCGAGUACGUCGACGUUGCCAUCCCCACCAACAACAAGGGUCGCCACGCCAUCGGCUGCGUCUGGUGGAUGCUGGCUCGUGAGGUCCUCCGUCUCCGCGGCACCAUUUACAACCGCGAGACCCCGUGGGAUGUCAUGGUCGAUCUGUACUUCUACCGCGACCCCGAGGCCGAGGCCGAGGAGAAGGUCGAGGAGGAGAAGGUGCCCGGCGUCGAGGAGGCCGGCCCUGCCGCCAUCGAGUCGGGCUUCGCCAACACUGGUGGCGACUGGGAGGCCGCCCCUGCCGGCUUCACCGGCACCGCCCAGCCCGGCUGGGACGAUGCUGCUGCCCAGCCUGCCAACUGGGACUCCGCCGCCCAGGGCGCCGCCUCCUGGGACGAGGCCACCCCGGCCAAGGAGGCUAGCCAGUGGUAAUCCAAUUUCUCAAACAAAACGGCAUGGGCACGGUACGGAGUUGGCGUCUCGAGGGAAUUUUGCUAGGAAUCCAAAAAAACAUACUCCCCACAACACUUGGGAAACAAGGGCCGUCUGUAGAGCUUUCAUCACUCGGCUUUCUCAUGGACUUGGGUUACACUUGGUGCGCACUGAUGAGGGAAAGAAACCCGAUCCAGGACCCCGGCCGCUGCGUGGCCGGGCCUGGGGAAGGAGAAUGCCCUGUGUGGCCAAGAGGAGUGGACUUAACCGUUAUUCCGCCUUUGUGUCAUGGAUGGCGGGCCAGGUGAAGUUGAACUGAAUAAAAGACAAAACAAACAAGGACCCCAAAAAAACCGCCCUGAAUCUCUGCGACGUGACACCGUGGGUAUUUGUUGUCUGUGGGAGAUUUGUGCGCCUUGGCCUUUCGAUGAUGAG